AUAGCAGCUUUGGCCUUUGCCACGCCCACUUGAGGAUGCUGUGCUGAAACAGGAACACAAUGGAGGAACAGAACAACUUCACUGCUGAGUGGCUGCUAUCGACUGAUGUAUGGACAGGAUUGGCUCACUAUUAUGUGUCUCUGCCUCUGUAUCCAGUGUUCCAAACGGUUCACUUUAUUCUGACUGCAGUGGCACUUCGAAGCGAAAAGGGUAGCCUCCAGUUUGCAUUCAAGCACCCGAUAGCGUCUUGUGUGCUGACGUUUAUUGUGGCAUGUGCCGGUGGGAUUCUGGCUAACAUGGCUCUGGCCAAACCUCCCCUGGAGAGUGUAGUCAACGGAUGGAACGUGUUUACUUGUAUCGUUGUCUGGUACCUGAUAUUCUUCAGCCCAUUGGAUCUGUGUUAUGUGCUCACUUUCUUCACACCACUGAAGCUGGUGCUGCUACUAGUGGAGGAGCUCGCGAGGGCUAAGAAGAUAUAUGCUGGGGUCACUCUGGCUGCUUCAGCCUACCCAAACUCUCUUCUGGCUAUGGCUGUGGUGGGAAUGUUCAAAGGUAGUGGCAAGCGCUGGGGUAUCACUAUUUUCCGUCUGUCAUGUGACCCACAGUCAGCUGGACAACAUGAGUUACUACAGAUAUCUUUUGCCACCAAAGCUGCCUUUGUGUGUGGGGCUGUGUAUGCAUACAACCAGAUGACCCUUCUUAUCGACCCUCCUCUACUUGUGCUUGUAUGUGCGGUUGUUUUUGUGUCACUACGACUCUGCCUAUUCUUCACCUCAAUGGUCGACCCAUUUUCACUUCCACAAGGGUUAAGCUGGAAAAUCAUGACAAGUCUAUCACAUACCCCAAGAGAGAUUGUUCAGCAGGAACCAAAAACGUCAUCAAAACAUGAACAGUUGAGCAAACAACGCCAUAAAACAAACAAACAAAAAAGAGAUUGAUUAUGAUUUAUAAUUAUAAAUAUUCACACAAAUGCUGAUAAUUAUGAUCAUGAUUUUUCUUGUACAAUCAAAAUGGAGUGAUUGAUAAUGAGGAGUAGAUAUCAGUACUGUAAAAAUAGGUGAAUAUAUAUAUAAUUAUUGUCAUCACAUACUAAACUCACUCUAAAAUGUCGGCCUGUAGCUAGUAGGACUGUAAGCAUUAAGGGGGUGCUCCAACUUCAGCAACUUCUUAGGUCUUUGGAAUAUUCCCGUAGUGUCAGUCGCUCCAAAUCGAAAUAAGUGCAUGUUAUCGUGCACCCGAUCAGUGCUGGAGGGGACCUCCAAGUACUCUACAUCAUCAGGGCUACAUUUAGGAUGGAUAUCGAACGCAUCUUCAUUAUCAGACGUUUCUCCAUAGGUUUCCCCAUAGUCGUAUUGCUCCUCUUCACACUUCUCAGGUUCAAUCUUGACGGCUACCUCUUGUUGAGCCAACGACAAGCUGUCCAACACAAAUAGUUUUUUCUUCUGUUUUUUCUUUUGUUCUUUGCCAACUAAGGAAUUAUUUGCAGGAAAAAUACUGUCCUCUAUACGAAACUUGAAUGCUGUUGAUUCAGACUUAUACGAGAAACUCUCACCGAGUGAAAAACUGGGCGACUCUAGAGCUUGAGUAGGCUCAUUUCUUGGUGUCCUGGAGGCUGAGCCAAAAUAUGCGUUUCCUUGGUCACCAUGUGUUUUUUGGGCCGUUAACUCAGCCUGUGGUUUUCCAAAUUGAAAAGGUUGUUGCCUGCCUUCAGUACGAGUUCGUUUCAAAGAGUGUGACGAAACUGUAUGCUGAACAAAAGA